UAUGGCAUAAAUAUGAGGGUCCCUAAAAGUGUUUGGACCGCCCCUGCUGAACACUGGCCCCCUUCCAUUGGCCCACCGGCGACGGGAGGUGUCGAGUGUCCCAUUGGGACCAUGAACACACCAAAGACUGCAUUCCGCUGGGAUUUCAACUGAUGAGGAGAAGCACCAACAAUGUCCGAAGAAAAAGAUCAUUCGGAACAGCAGACGACAACUCCGGCAGUCGAAGAAGACGGAGUGUUGGCUAACCCCAGAGCAGUUUGUACCGUUUGUAAACAUUUGUACCGGGAACCUAAAAUCCUGCCGUGCCUACACACAUUCUGCCUGGAGUGUAUCAGCCGUCUGGAACCCUUUUCGGUCGCCGCUGGUCGCCACCGGAACAGUCCUGAACAAGAGGGUGGGCACGGAGGAGCCCCGAAAAAGGGGGUGGCAGAGAAAUCCACACGGGUCUGUGUCAAGGUGCUCUGCCCCCAAUGUUACUCCGAAGUGGACCUUCCACCUUCGGGGCCCGCCGGGCUCAGCACCGACCACCUGGCGCUAGACGAAGUGUUCCUCGAGACUUUGGUAAGCGACGGCCCGCUGGGGUGUGACCUCUGUGGAGAAGGAGGCGCCGAGAACCGCUGUGAGGUCUGCUGUGUCAACCUGUGCGAGUUCUGUUUACAAGCGCACAGGCGUCAGACACGGACAUCAUCUCAUUCCAUUCAGAAAUUACAGGAUCUGAAAUCUCGGGGUCGCCUCUGCCGUCCUGUCCUGUGCACUCUCCAUCCCGGCCAGGAGCUGUUGCUCUUUUGCCAGCUUUGCGAUCUGCCAGUGUGCAUGGAGUGCGCCUCAACGCACCACUCGGAGCACCGCUGUUGCCCCGCCCACGAAGUUGUAGGCUGCCACGGAGACCGCAUCAGGACGCUGAUAACUGUCCGCCUGCGACCUCACCUGCAAAGACUAGCGCAGACACUGCAGAAGGUAGAGGUUUCCCAGGAAGCUUUGCUGACUAGAGUGGAGGCCGCAGCCGAUGAGGUGCGGACAUUUGCCCGAGGCUAUGCCAGUGCGGUGGAAACUCACUGCUUGGACUUAUUGCAUCGACUGGAGGAACUUCACCUUCAUCGCCGGAACCAGCUGCAUUUGCAGAGGGCACAGCUGCAACAGGCGCUGUCGGACGUCCAGGGCGGUGUGGACUUUGCUGAUAGGCUCCUGAGCUGUGGCUCGGAUGCCAAGAUACUCAGCGCUAAGGGCGUGACACUGAGAAGACUGAGCAGCCUAGUGGAGAGCAGCUGUGAAGAUCAGCUGGCAGCGCUAGUCCCUGAUGAUGGCAGCGGUAUCCGCUUUGAUCCCCAGGGAGUAGCGGGGGAAGUGAGCGGUUAUCCAGUGGUGGGCGUGAUUCAUUUUAAGGCCCUGGACCCAAACAAAUGCACACUAGAUGGAGAAGGUCUGGAGCUGGCUAAUGAGGGCCAGCAGGCUCAUUUUACCCUGGUCUGCCGAGACUCCACAGGGGACCAAAUGGCACAUGGGGGCGAUCAUGUCCUGGUCAGCAUUGUUCACAGGGAGAAGAAAAAUUGCAUGUUGGAAAGCACAGUGGUGGACAACAAUGACGGCUCUUACAAAAUAUCAUACACACCGGACGAGGCAGGAAUGUAUUCCGUGUGGGUUUGUGUCAAAGCUCAACAUGUGAAGGGUUCUCCAUUUGUUUUGAAUGUGAAGAAAAAGCUGAGGACUCACACUGGAAUGUUCCACUGCUGCUCCUUCUGCUCCAGUGGAGGAGCAAAGGAGGCUCGUUGUGGCUGUCCAGGAACAAUGCCCGGAGGAUUUCAAGGGUGUGGGCACAGCCACAAGGGUCAUCCCGGAAAGCCGCACUGGUCGUGUUGUGGCAGCACCACGGAGAAGUCAGAGUGUUUACCUGCCAGUGUGAUCAAAGCCAUCUCCGUGGGUAAACACCUACGCACCGUUGAGCUCUGAGGUUGGAUAAUGUGGUCGAUGACUGGCAGGCCCAAGACAGAAAAGCUGUCUGCUUGACUGAGUUGCCAGUAAGCCAUCUCAGUGUGAUGUGAAACAUUCUCUGGCUUUUACUUUAAGUGCCUUUAUUAUACUACUUUGUGCUUAAAAUAUUGCAAUAAACUGUCAAAUUAAUGUGCUAAUUUCAAUAAAACAUUACAAAUUACUUUUAUAAGUAGGUAAAUAUGUAUCUUUUAGUAUAAAUUCUUAAAACAAUUCUCAUAAAUUUACUCAACUGCAGACGUGCUGAGCAAUCUAUUAGAAGAAAAGCCUUAAGUCAGGCUAAUAUAUUUUAAUCCUUAUUUUAGACUGUCAUCUAAGAUUCUAUAAUGCUUUCUAAUUGAGCAACUGACUUCAAAUGUACAUAACAUUAAUGUUGAAUGAUAACGUACUAUCAGAGAUAAUUGCACACGUAGGACCAUUUUCUUCUGUAUUAGGAGUAAAUAAUCUGUACAUCUCAAAAAUGGAUAAUUACAUAGAGAAAAUACUUGAUUAUGGGUAUUGGCUGUCUAUACUAAAAAAACUAUUGUCAUUGCUCAGUCUUGUUAUGGUAAAAUAUAUUUCCUAUUAAUAACAUAAUACUUGGGGAUUUACUCGAUAAUUUAAUUGCACAAAUGCUUACACAAUUUAUUCCAUUGUAAAGUUGUUGCCAUACUUGCAGUUCCUUGCCUUAACAAGAUUCAUUCAUUUUCCGAGCCGCCAAUCCUCCAUGAAAGGCUAUAGUUAGCUGAGAUAGGCUCCAGCAAGGCUAUGGGGGUGCUGGAGCCUAUCUCUGCUAACUGUGGGCUGUAGGUAGGGUACACCCUUAAUCGGUUGCCAGGGACAAGGGGACACACACGUACACGUAGGGAUGAUUUGGAGUGAUCAAUCACCCUACCAUGCUUGUUUUUGGGACAUGGGAGGAAAUCAGGGUACCUAAAAAAAAAAAAAAAACACAAGACACUACGACUAGGGAGAACAUUAAAAACUCCCCACAGGAAGGCCAGAGCCCAGCAUUGACUUCUUGGUUUCAGAACUGUGAGGCGGACGUGCAAACCCUUCUUCCACAAAACUGCAGUUUCAUAUGUAUCUUGAUGACAAUUUUAUUGUUUCUAAGGCAUUUUUCCUAAAAAAAAAAAAAAAAAUGCAGCUGAUGCGAAAUGCUAUUACAUGUCGAUCCUGGAUUCCUGAUAUUACGACAGCAUUUUUACAAUUGAAAUGAUACACUGUAAU